AGAAUCGGAAGUCCGAGUUGUAGUCAUGACAAGAUGUCGAGCGGUCGGCAUGUAAAACUCCCUGCUUUGAGAAUUCCGUCUGAACCUCCUAAAUUCAAGUUUCGGAAACGAAAGAUUACUGUCAAGCCUAUAGGCGAUAGAGGACCGCCACCUUCUAUAACUAGCUGUGAUAAAAUUGUCGAUCAGGAGCCACAAGUGGAGCCGCAGGUUGUUCCGGAAGACAAAUUACAAGUCGAUCAAUUAACACACCAGCAUGAACGGUAUUUACCGCCCAUACACAAAGAACCAAUAGAUUCGAAGAUCCCCGGUCUGUAUGGAGCUUAUUAUUCGCAGUGUGUCUGUGAGAAGAAAUCGAACCCCGAUCCCCUGAAUGCAGCACCUCCAGAUAUUAAUGGAGCAGUUGGGAAAAUGUCAGCAACUGAGCUUCUUGGCGGUAAGUUCGAACAACCGGUUAAGUACAAACAUUUUGCGUACGGAGGUAAUGACUGGUUACACCUUCUCGUAACGGGCCAACUUCCGCCUGAAGUUUUACAGGCAUUUAUGAGCAAAUUUUGCAGAGCGGGAAAAACACUGAAAGCACAUGGGCCCCAGGCCGACAAAUAUUUCUAUUAUCAAGGUGGACGACAGCGCACAAAACCACUAUGGGAGCCCAAGCAGAUGAAAUUACAGCAAGUGUAUAGCCAGUUUGAUAGAAAACAACUGGAAGCCAGCUGUCGCCAGAAAAAGAACAUGUUAAAGUUGUCGAAGAAAGCGGAACUCAUGGCAAAACACAAUGAAACCGUGUUGUUAAAAAAGGUGGACAGAAUGGAUAGUCGUCUCAAAUCUUACCUCGAUAAAAUGGACAAAAACAUCUCAAAAGCUCAUACAGAUAAAAACUCUAAUGGAAAUAUGGCAAAUUCUUUCUGUAAAAACGAUUCAGUGUCACAUAGUUGCGAUACCAACCUGAAAUCCUCCUAUCCAAAAAACCCGGACAUGGUGAAGCUUCCUGCCGUAAUUGCCUGGGUGAAAACAGCGCUCAGUAAUUUGCUUUCUGAAAAUAACCUUGAUUCCGAUAGUUCUUCAACCGGAAAUCAAGCGGCUGAGGAAACCAAUAAUUCAGAAUAAACUUCAUGUAUUCUUUGAAGUUAUGUAUUUUUUUUACUAUAUAGAUAAAGUGAUAUUACCUUUUUAUAAUGUAUAUUUGUUAAGUGAGUUAAUAAACAAAUGGUUGUCGUAUAAAUGAGGUGAUAUUCCCCAGACAUUUGCCUGAUGUAUUCUAUUGUACUAGAUUUGAAAUUGUUACUUUUUUUGAAUAAUUUCAAUAAAAAAAACAUGUAAACAAAAA